UGGGGACGAGCUGAAGCAGGCGCCGUCGGCUCGGCGCGGCCCGCUGCAAUCCGUGGAGGAACGCGCCGCCGGGGCCCCAUCAUGCCCGGCCACCUGCAGGAAGGCUUCGGCUGCGUCGUCACCAACCGGUUCGACCAGCUAUUUGACGACGAAUCGGACCCCUUCGAGGUGCUGAAGGCGGCCGAGAACAAGAAGAAGGAAGGCGGCGGCGGCGGCGGCGGCGGGGGCGGCGGCGGGCCCGGGCCCAAGAGCGCGGCGCAGGCCGCGGCCCAGGCCGGCGCGGGCGGCGGGGGCGGCGGGGGCGCGCCCGGGAAGCCGCUGCGCAAGGAGUCGCAGAAGGACCGCAAGAACCCGCUGCCGCAGCAGCCCGCGCCGCCCAGCGCCGCCGCCGCCGCCGGCUCGGCCACAGCCGCAGCCAACGCGGCCGACAAGAAGGACGAGGCCCCGCCGCCGCCCGCCGCGCUCAAGAAGGAAGGGAUAAGACGAGUUGGUAGAAGGCCUGACCAGCAACUUCAGGGUGAAGGAAAACCAAUUGACAGGAGACCUGAAAGGCGACCACCUCGUGAGCGACGAUUUGAAAAAUCGAUUGAAGAAAAGGGUGAAGGAGGAGAAUUUUCAGUUGAUAAGCCUAUCAUCGACCGGCCGAUCCGAGGUCGUGGCGGUCCUGGGGGAAGAGGACGUGGUGGCCGUGGCCGUGGAAUGGGCAGAGGAGAUGGUUUUGACUCUCGUGGAAAGAGAGAAUUUGAUAGGCAUAGUGGAAGCGAUAGAUCUUCUUUCUCACAUUCACAUUUCAGUGGUCUGAAGCACGAGGACAAACGUGGCGGAAGCGGCUCGCACAAUUGGGGAACGGUCAAAGACGAGUUGACUGACUUGGAGCAAACCACUGUGACCGAGGAGACACCUGAGGGAGAAGAGCAUCCAGUGGCUGAUACAGAAAAUAAAGAAAAUGAAGUGGAGGAGGUAAAGGAGGAGGGCCCGAAAGAAAUGACCUUGGAUGAGUGGAAGGCUAUCCAGAACAAGGACCGGGCAAAAGUAGAAUUUAAUAUCCGCAAACCCAACGAGGGCGCCGAUGGGCAGUGGAAGAAGGGAUUUGUGCUCCACAAGUCCAAGAGUGAGGAGGCUCACACUGAAGAAUCUGUGAUGGAUCAUCACUUCCGUAAGCCCGCCAAUGAUAUCACAUCCCAGCUGGAGAUCAAUUUUGGAGACCUUGGUCGCCCGGGACGUGGCGGCAGAGGUGGGCGAGGCGGGCGUGGACGUGGUGGACGGCCCAACCGCGGAAGCAGAACUGACAAGUCAAGUGCUUCUGCUCCUGAUGUAGAUGACCCAGAGGCUUUCCCGGCUCUGGCCUAAACUGGACGUCCUAAGCCAACCCCGGUUCCUUUGUGGACCCUCCUCCACGAGGCUUGCAUGCUUAACGAUCCUAAACGACUAAGAAAUUUUAAAAAAAGACUGUCAUUCAUACCAUUCACACCUAAAGACUGAAUUUUAUCUGUUUUGAAAAUGAACUUCUCUCGCUACACAGAGGCAACAAUAUGGUAGUCAGUUUUGUAUUUAGAGAUGUAAUGGUAGCAGGGAUGUUUUCAUAAUUUUCAGAGAUUAUGCAUUCUUCAUGGAUACUUUUUUGUAUUGCUGCUUGAAAAUAUGCGUUUCCAAACUUGAAAUAUAGGUGUGAACAGUGUGUACCAGUUAAA